CGAAAUUCUUUAUGAAAACGAAUACUUCCCGCAAAGACCGUUGUCUGCACUCGUGGCUUCGAAGGUCUAUUACCAUCUUGGAGAAUUCGAUGAUUCGUUAACUUUUGCUCUGGGAGCUGGUGAUCUAUUUGACGCGUCAUCUAAAUCGGAAUAUGUCGAGACUAUUAUAUCUAAAUGCAUUGAUAAAUACAUCACCUUACGUGUUCAACAAUCUGAAGAUAAUUCAGACGAAUGCGUAAUAGACUCUCGUCUGCAAGAUGUUGUCGAGCGAAUGUUUAAGCGAUGUUAUGAAGAUGGAGAAUUCAAACAAGCUAUUGGCAUUGCUUUAGAAGCGCGCCGCCUGGACGUUAUUGAAGAAAUAAUAUCCAAAGGUCAAGCUGCUGAACUUUUAUCCUACGUCCUGGAAGUAAGCAUGACAUUGGUGCUUAAUUUGGAUUUCAGAAAUAAGGUUUUGCGACUGUUGGUCGAGUUAUAUAAAAAUCUUGCGGAGACAGACUAUGUUUCGAUUAGCCAAUGUUUUGUACAUCUAAAUGAUCCCGAUUCGGCAUCCCAAAUGUUACAAGACCUAAUGGAUAAAGGAGACGAUUAUUAUUUAUUAAUGGCUUACCAAAUUGCGUUCGAUCUUGAAGAAAAUGCUACGCAAGAAUUUCUCCAAAAAGUCGUCAAAAAAUUACCCGUUGCAUCAUCAACUUAUCAUGAAAAACGGGAUGCUGAAGCGAUGGAAACAGACGAAACAGAAAAUGCAUUGGAAUCUCGAAAUUCGGUUUACCAUUCAGCAGUCACGUUUGCAAAUGCAUUUAUGCAUGCUGGUACGACAAGUGAUGAUUUUUUGCGCCAAAAUCUUGAAUGGCUAGCACGUGCCACGAAUUGGUCUAAAUUUAGUGCAACAGCAGCCCUUGGUGUUAUACACAAGGGUCAUUUAUCUCAGGGGCUUAACUUGUUACAACCGUAUUUGCCACAGGAAGGCACUAGCGGGAGUCCUUACUCGGAAGGUGGAUCAUUAUUUGCCUUAGGACUAAUUCAUGCGAAUCAUGGUGCUGGAGUAUUGGAAUAUUUGAGAGAAGCUCUAAAAAACGCUCUAAAAAAUACUGAAAAUGAUGUCUUACAACACGGAGCAUGUCUUGGCCUUGCAACUGCAGGAAUGGCUACUGGAAAUGAUGAAAUAUAUAAGGAGCUUGAAACUGUACUUCACAAUAAUAACGCUGUAGCUGGAGAGGCUGCCGGAAUAGCUAUGGGACUCGUUAUGCUUGGAACUGCUAAGAGCGAUUCAAUCACACAAAUGUUGGAUUAUGCACACGACACUCAGCAUGAAAAAAUCAUCAGAGGUUUGGCUAUUGGCAUAUCGUUAAUAAUGUAUGGUAAAGAGGAGGCAGCUGACAACGUGGUCGAACAGCUCAGUCGUGACAAGGAUCCUAUUUUACGUUACGGUGGGAUCUAUACUGUUGCGAUGGCUUAUUGCGGUACUGGGAACAAUAAGGCCAUACGUCAUUUAUUACAUGUUGCUGUUAGCGAUGUCAAUGAUGAUGUGCGUCGUGCUGCUGUUACUGCACUCGGAUUUAUUCUGUUUAAAACACCUAAGCAGGUCCCUAGAAUUGUUCAAUUAUUAUCAGAAAGUUAUAAUCCAAAUGUGAGAUAUGGUGCCACAUUGGCAUUGGGUAUUUCAUGUGCAGGAACUGGCUUGAUGGAAGCAAUAGAACUCUUGGAGCCAAUGACAAAGGAUCCAGUUGAUUACGUGCGUCAAGGAGCGUUUAUUUCUCUUGCCAUGAUUCUAAUACAACAGAAUGAUGUCAUCAAUCAAAAGGUAUCUUCAACCCGUAAAUUGUACGAAAAAAUUAUAAAUGAUAAACAUGAAGAUGCGAUGGCAAAAUUUGGUGCUGUUCUUGGUCAGGGAAUUAUUGACGCAGGGGGACGAAAUGUCACCAUAUCUUUGCAAUCAAGAUCUGGUCAUUUAAAUAUGCCGGCCAUUGUCGGAAUGGCAGUAUUUACUCAAUUUUGGUAUUGGUUCCCAUUGACCCAUUUCCUUAGUUUGUCAUUUACACCUACUGCGAUUAUAGGGUUGAACAAAGAAUUAAAGGCAAAACCUUCAUUGUUUGCCUAUCCUGCUACUACAAAGCCUCCAACAACGAAUGUUGUAGAGAAGGUGGCUACUGCCGUGCUCUCUACUACAGCAAAAGCGAAGGCGAGAGCAAAGAAAUCUGAAAAAGAAAAAGGAGUGUUAGAUAUGGAUGUUAUGGAUAUUGCGGACGAUAAGAAGGAUAUUUCGAUGGAUCACGUUAAAAAAGAAGAGGAUAAGGACGAAGUUAAAGAUGACAAAAAGGGAAAGAAGAAAAGGGAGGAGGCAUAUGAAAUUCUCGAAAAUAUGGCACGUGUCCUGCCAGCACAAUUACAAUAUAUUUCAUUCUCAGAAAGCUCGCGUUAUGUUCCUGUUAAAAAGGGUGUAGUCGGUGGAAUUUUAAUGAUGGUAGAUAAAACACCUGGGGAACCCGAAGAACUCAUUCUACCGAGUGCGCCUGUCGAAAAGGAAGCACCACCGCCAGAACCUUUUGAAUAUCCAUUUGAUGAAAAAUAA